CUUCUAGACUUCUAGUUGCUUUCCACUUCCACCACCAACCCCAUAAAUAACAGCCAUCACAUGGUGACACACAAGGUACACCAAGGCACUAUAAACUCCUUCCACGUCAAUACCUUUACUGUACACGUGUCUCUUCCUCCAGAAAGUACCUAAUUUCUCUUUUCUUUCUCCUCUUAGUCCUUUUCUUGUUCCUCUGUUUCGUCUCUGUUCUAAUUAGGCAGCCAUCAAAAAACCCAACGAAUUUGGUGGAUCAUUAACAGAACAGGAAAGCCAAAAUGCAAUCGAGGGUAGUGGCCAAAAUGCAACAAUGGGUUCUCUCUCGAGCCCAUAACCAAGCUCUCAGCAGAGGACUUUCAUCCGCCCGAUCGGCCGGUCGCACUGCUGACCCUGAUAUUCAUUCCGGAGAAGUCGAAGCUGGACCUGAUGUAUAUUACAGAAAAAACGAAAGUCAAGGAAGUGUGGUGGUUGGUGAUGAUGCGGCCAAGCAAGAAUUAGAACACAAAGCCCAUAAAGAAACCGGGCCAUUGAAGCCUCCAAGAACACCUUUUGCUUCUUCUCCGAGGCUGGAAAGCACUGAGGUCUCACCCCAACCCCCGGACCCCGUUGUUCAGCAAAAGCGUGGCCAUGCAACUGCAAGCGUAGAAGAAGCCAGUUGCGAAGGAUUUGACGGCACGCCAUGGCCAAAAGACAAGGAAAAAGAGCAGAGAGACAGGAACGAACAGGUGGAUGAUGACAGAGAAUACUUCAAGCAUCACAAGGCCUCCCCGUUGUCGGAGAUCAAAGUAGUCGAUACGAGGAAGCCGUUGACGAGGGCAACUGAUGGGACAGCGGAUGCCGACAAGGAUAACGAUCAUGGCGCAGACGUAAUUGGGUGGAGGCCUGAGCAGCUCGACACGGCGGAGGAGGCGCUUAGGAGGGCCGUCGAGAUAUUUAGGCAGAAUGCUAUGCGUGGUGAUCCGGAAACGUAUCCCCAUUCCAGGGUUCUUAGAGAGCUUCGUGGUGAAUGGUUUUGACAUGAAUUGCACCUCGUAUGCAUGCGAUCGACUCUUAUAUAUAUAUAAUGUGUAAAUUGGUAGUUUGCUAGCUGAAAAAAGGAAGGAUUUUGCCGAUAUUAAUAAAAACGAAAACGCUGAAUGCGAUUUAAUCAAA